CGCGGCGUCCGGCCCGGGCCGAGCCGGGGGUAGGGGAUCGGAGCCCAGGCGCCGCCGCGGCCGUGGACCAGAGUCCGUGUGGUCCGGGUCAUGUCCGCGUGAGGGCACCGCCGCCACCUCCCGCGUCCCGGCCCAAGCCCGGCAGCGCCGCGCACUAUGGGCUCCAUCCUGAGCCGCCGCAUCGCGGGGGUGGAGGACAUCGACAUCCAGGCGAACUCGGCCUACCGCUACCCCCCGAAGUCUGGAAACUACUUUGCUUCGCACUUUUUCAUGGGAGGCGAGAAAUUCGACACCCCCCACCCUGAAGGUUACCUCUUUGGCGAGAACAUGGAUCUGAACUUCUUGGGCAGCCGCCCAGUCCAGUUUCCCUACGUCACUCCCGCCCCCCACGAGCCGGUGAAGACACUGAGGAGCCUGGUGAACAUCCGCAAAGACUCCCUCCGGCUUGUGAGGUACAAGGACGAUGCUGACAGCCCCACCGAGGACAGCGAGAAGCCCCGGGUGCUCUACAGCCUGGAGUUCACCUUCGACGCCGAUGCCCGAGUGGCCAUCACCAUCUACUGCCAGGCGGUGGAGGAGUUCCUAAACGGCAGGGCCGUGUGAGUCCCGCCCGCGGGCUGCUCUGAGAGCCUCUCUCUGGCUUAUUGACCAGGGUGGAAAAGACAAACUGUUUCUCUUACUGCACUCUCAAGCCACGCGCUGCCCCCUGCGCCCUGGUCUGCUGAGGAAUUGAACUUUGACCUGGACCGGGGCGUGUUUCCAGUGGUCAUCCAGGCCGUGGUGGACGAGGGAGAUGUUGUGGAAGUGACUGGCCAUGCGCACGUGCUCUUGGCCGCCUUUGAAAAGCACGUGGACGGCAGCUUCUCUGUGAAGCCGUUGAAGCAGAAGCAAAUCGUGGACCGGGUCAGCUACCUCCUGCAGGAGAUCUACGGCAUCGAGAACAAGAACAACCAGGAGACCAAGCCCUCGGAUGACGAGAACAGUGACAACAGCAACGAGUGUGUGGUGUGCCUGUCUGACCUGCGGGACACGCUGAUCCUGCCCUGCCGCCACCUGUGCCUCUGCACCUCCUGUGCGGACACACUGCGCUACCAGGCCAACAACUGCCCCAUCUGCCGGCUGCCUUUCCGGGCCCUCCUGCAGAUCCGGGCUGUGCGGAAGAAGCCAGGAGCGCUGUCCCCUGUGUCCUUCAGCCCGGUGCUGGCGCAGAGCCUGGACCACGAGGAGCACUCCAGCUCCGACAGCAUCCCACCCGGCUACGAGCCCAUCUCCUUGCUCGAGGCGCUCAACGGCCUUCGGGCCAUCUCCCCGGCCAUCCCCUCGGCCCCUCUUUACGAAGAGAUCACCUACUCGGGCGUGUCGGACGGCCUGUCCCAGGCCAGCUGUCCACUGGCUGGGGUGGAGCGGCUCGCAGAAGGCAGCCACCAGAAGGGCAAGGUGCGGAGCAAGUCUCCCGACAGCACCCUGCGGUCCCCAUCGUCCCCUAUCCACGAAGAGGAUGAGGAGAAGCUCUCGCAGGACUUGGACGCUCCUCCCCCGCUGAGCAGCGCGGGGCUGGUGCCGCAGGAGAGCAGCUCCCCCGAGAGUUUCGUAACGGAAGAGGCGGAUGAGGCGUCAUCACUGAAGCAAGGGAGCCGAGUGCCGUCCAUCGAGAACGUCCUGCAGGACAGCAGCCCUGAGCACUGCGGCCACGGCCAGCCGGGCCCACCUGCCGACAUCUACCUGCCAGCACGUGCUCCUGAAGUCGGUGCCCUUGCCGUGGAAGGCCCCGGUCUGUUGCUAACUGAGCUCCCGUCUGUCUCCCUCCUCUGCACAGCCCGGGGGCCCGGCUCCGGCUCUGUUGGUGGAGAGGAGUAAGUGGGUUGGUCCACCUCCAUGGAGACGCCCCGCAGCCUCAGCGCCACCAGUCCCCCCUGGCCUCCA